GAAAGUAACAUCACACAUACAAAUUCUUUUGACAGCUACAAAGAAAUCAAUAAUCAUCACUCCCCACUUCUUUUCCCUUCAUCUUCUCCGUUUUUCUGUUGGAUCUCGAAGAUGGACAACCUGUAUCUUUAUGUCGGGAUUAUAGGCAACAUUAUCUCAGUUUUGAUGUUUCUCUCCCCAGUGAAGACGUUCUGGACAAUAGUAAAGAAAGGAUCUACAGAAGAGUUUAAGAGCCUUCCAUACAUUUGCACUUUGCUCAACUCCUGUUUGUGGACUUACUAUGGAAUCACAAAGCCAGGGAGUUAUCUGGUUGCCACUGUUAAUGGCUUUGGCAUUCUUGUAGAGAUUGUUUACAUUUCCUUGUUCCUCAUAUAUGCACCUCCCAGAACAAGAGCGAAAACCGCAAAGGUUGCUGGGAUUGUGGAUGUGAUGGUGUUUGCGGGGGCAGUUUUGGUGACACAAUUUGGGAUGGAAGGAGACAUGAGGAUUGAUGUAAUAGGUUUCAUGGGUGCUGCUCUUAACAUUGUUAUGUAUGCUUCUCCCCUUUCUUCUAUGAGGUUAGUGGUGACAACUAAAAGCGUAGAGUACAUGCCGUUCCUGCUUUCCCUCUUCUUUUUCCUUAACGGUGCGGUUUGGACGUUCUAUGCCUUUUUAGUGCGAGAUUGGUUCCUCGGUGUACCAAAUGGAACUGGUUUUGUACUUGGAGUUGCACAGCUUGCACUUUAUUCAAUUUACAUGCAAUCUAAACCGUCUAAAGUUAUCUUCGAUGACUUGGAUAGCGGAGGCCAGCACCAACAUCUCCUCCCAUCUUCCACUUCAAAUCCCACAGAACCUCUAUAA